AUGGCCUCCAACGACGAGCGAACCCCGCUCAUCCAAGUCGUUGCCGUGCGACCCCAUCGUGACCGAUAUGGAAACCAUACUGCAAAGACGGUCGCUAAGACAGCACAGCUUCGCCGCUUUUGCACCAUAGCCUUGGUCGUCCUACCGCUUACGACGAUUGCGCUCGCCUUUCUGUCUUUUGCCUUUGGUCAGAGUGACCUGUUCGGAGAUGACAACCAAGGACAUCUGGUACCAUGGAAGAGUCUGUCAGGCCCGACUAAGCCACCUCACUCACAGUGGCCUGCUGGAAACGGCUUGAGCUUCUCCGACUUGAAAGAUAUUCUCUCCUCCACACCUGACCCUAAGAAGGCCAAGGAAUGGUCGCAGUAUUACACUGCUGGCGCUCAUCUCGCUGGACAGAACUUGAGUCAGGCUGUCUGGACAAAGGACAGAUGGCAAGAGUUUGGGGUGAAGAGUGAGGUCGUGCCAUACGAAGUUUACAUCAACUAUCCUCUGGACCACAGACUUGCUCUGUUGAAGGAUGGAGAAGUGUCAUUCGAGGCCACUCUCGAGGAAGACGUCCUGGAAGAGGAUCCUACAUCUGGUGACGAAGAUCGUGUGCCUGUUUUCCAUGGCUACUCUGCCAGUGGUAACGUCACUGCGCAAUAUGUAUACUGUAAUUACGGUACAUUCAUGGACUUCGAGAACUUGCUUGCUGCAGGUAUCGAACUUGAGGGCAAGAUUGCUCUGGUGAGAUACGGUGGCAUCUUCAGAGGCCUCAAGGUCAAGAGAGCUCAGGAGCUCGGCAUGGUCGGCACAAUCAUUUAUACCGAUCCUGGCGAUGAUGGUCUCGUCACAGAGGUCAAUGGUUACAAGCCUUACCCAGAAGGACCUGCCAGAAACCCAAGCAGCGUGCAGAGAGGCAGCGUGCAAUACUUGAGUCAGUUCCCUGGUGACCCUACCACUCCUGGCUACGCUUCAAAGCCCGGCGUGCCUCGCCAGCCUGCAAAUGCCUCCACACCUUCCAUCCCGUCACUGCCGCUUUCAUACGCCGAGGCCAUUCCUCUGCUCCAGGCUUUGAACGGGCAUGGUCCAAAUGCCUCUUCUUUCCCCAAUCGUUGGCACAAGGGCGGUCUUGAACACAAGAACGUUUCUUAUAACAUUGGUCCCUCUCCACCAUCCGUCACGGUCAAUUUGAUGAACCUUCAGAACUACACCAUUACUCCCCUGUGGAACACCAUCGGUAUAAUCAACGGUUCUCUCUCAGAUGAGGUAAUCGUGAUUGGUAAUCACAGAGAUGCUUGGAUAAAAGGAGGAGCUGGUGACCCCAAUUCGGGCUCCGCUGCACUCAUCGAGGUCAUUCGCUCUUUCGGUGUUGCUCUUUCCAAGGGGUGGAAACCACAACGCACCAUCGUCUUUGCGAGCUGGGACGGCGAAGAAUAUGGUCUUGUCGGCUCCACCGAGUGGGUAGAAGACUACCUGCCAUGGUUGAAGGACUCUGCUGUCGCUUAUCUCAACGUCGAUGUUGGUACUCGUGGCACACGCUUCAAUGCUAAUGCUGCACCCCUGCUCAACCAAGCCAUAUACGAGGUUACCAAGUCUGUCAAGUCGCCAAACCAGACUGUAGAGGGAGCAACUGUGUACGAUCAGUGGGACAAGCACAUUGGAACCAUGGGAUCUGGUUCUGACUUCACAGCCUUCCAAGAUUUCGCUGGUAUUCCCAGCGCCGAUUUUGGCUUCGGCAAGACGGGGCCCUUGGAUCCUGUCUAUCAUUAUCACUCUAAUUACGACAGCUUCGCCUGGAUGGAAAGAUACGGAGACCCCACGUUCCAGUACCACGUCGCCGCUGCUAAGGUGUGGGCGUUACUGACCGCUUCCUUGAGCGAGAGAGCUGUCGUCCCGUUCAACGCCAGCGACUACGCUACCAACCUUGAGAGAUAUCUUGACAGCGUGAAGCGUAUGGCCGAAGCCUCCGACAUGGCUCACGAGGAGAAGCUCGCACCUUUCAAGCAUCUUGACAAGGCUAUUGGACACCUGCAACACGCAGCCAAGAGCUUCGAUGCUCGCGCCGCCGGACUCGCUGCACAGGCUUCUGCUGCAGAGGACACUUAUAAUCCUGCUGCCACCAAGAAGCUCUUCGCCAAGAUCAGAGCUGUAAAUACUCAGUACAAGGUACUGGAGCGAGCCUUCCUGUACCCUAAGGGUCUCGACGGAAGAAGCUGGUUCAAGCAUGUUGUAUUUGCACCUGGCAAGUGGACUGGCUAUGCUGGAGACACUUUCCCUGGUCUUGUCGAGGCCAUCCAAGCUGGUGAUAAGAAGGCACUCCAAAAAUGGGUUGGUAUCAUUGAAGGCAUCGUGUGGAAGGCUGCCGGUGUGUUGAGUUAG